AUGGUGGCGCAGGCGACGCUCAUGGACCCUGUCACGCAACCGCCGCCUCGCAUCGACAUGAAGCAGGAGCCGGACGUCGGCCACGCCCUGGGUGUGGGCGUGGACGCCACCUCCAAGCGCCGAGCCCCCAAGCCGCGCGCCGCGAGGGCGGCCGAGACCGCCAGCGCGGCUGCAUCCUCGGCCUCGUCGUCGCAGCCGCUCCCGCAGCAGCCGAACGGAUGGAACCUGGCCACGAUCAAGGAGGGCGGCAAGCGCGCGAAGCCCGAGGCGCCCAAGUUCCUGCUGCUGCUGUACGAGAUCCUCGACGUCGAGAGCUCGCGCGUGAUCCGGUGGUCGGAAGAUGGCCUGGCCCUGCAGAUCCUGGACCCCGUGACCGUCACGGAGCAGAUCCUGCCCAAGUACUUCAACCACACCAACUUCCACAGCUUCCAGCGCCAGCUCAACUACUUCGGCUUCCGCAAGUGGACCAAGUCCAAGACGGACAUCUGCACGUUCAGCCACCCCUACUUCAGAGAGAACCAGCCGGAGCUGCUCCAGCUCAUCAAGCGCAAAAAGGCUCCGAGGCGAGCGCCCGCCAGUGGCGCCAGCAGCACCACGUCCAACACGACGACCGCGUCGGGUGCAGGCCAAACGUCGAAGAAGUUGUCCCCGUGUGGGAAGCGGAAGCUCCCCUCCGCUGGGGACAGCAACUCGGACGGCUUCUCUACCCAAAGUACCGGGAUGCACAUUCAGAUGAACACCUCAGCGGUCCCCAUCCAGCCUGCAAUUAACGGGUUGCCACUAAGUGCCAUGACGACGCCCCACGGAGCUUCAUCCAACGGGGUGUUGGGCUUCCCACAAGACGGUCUGACUCGCCACUAUUUGCCGGAGCUGAACAAUGUUAUCUCCCCUGUGGCAGCUACGGAGUGCAAGAAGAAGGCCAAGAAACUCGACAGGAAGGACUACCUCGCAAGUGCCACAAUACAGGCACCACUGGCGUCACCCACCGAUGCGUCUAGCUCGCUCGUCAACAAAUCGACGGUGCCGUCGAUGAGCGCGUCAGGGUUUAAUCUUCGAUGCCAGGAGGGAGGGUAUUUCGGCACGCUCCUUCUUCGCUCUUCCGUCCUCUUCUCCGGAUCUGUUGGCCAGCGUUCCGCUGACCAACAAGUGCUACCACGUGUGGGGACCGCGCCGGUGGAGUGCUUGGGAACAGCGGUUGUAGAGGGAGGAGGAGGCGACUUGUGCUUGUUGGAGUAA